AUGAUCGAGAUCAUACUGGCCACCGCAUUCUAUGACAAAUCGAGGUUCCAGACAACUUCUCGUUACGUUGCUGCUUCCGCGGCUUUGAUGGCUUGCUUCACGAUUCUCCUGAUGCCAUUUCGAAAACCUUCGCUUCCAGUGAUUGAUAUCAGUACUGUUGGACAGACACCAUGCAGCGAUCUUCGCAGUCCAGAGGAUAAUUUACGAUUGUGGCAGUUUAUGACUGUAUCAUGGAUGGCACCGCUAAUAUCCCUCGGACGCAAGAGACAGCUCAAUGAGCCGGACGUCUGGUUCUUGGGAUUUGAGUUCCAGCAUAGUCGGCUCCACGAAAGGUUCCGUCGGCUUCGUGGAUCCGUCCUUCGACGGGUACUGCAGGCGAACGGACUGGAUGUCCUCAUUAUCUCCGUGAUUGCUGUCGUGCAAAUGAUGUGCUCCUUCUCCACACCCGUCCUUCUGCAACAACUUCUGCAAGCAAUGCAGGACCCAACUAAGCCGAAACGUGUGCCCCUAACGUAUGCCGUUCUUGCGCUUGCACUCCGUCUGGUGGCCGCACAGUCUCAGGUGUUGAACUUGUGGUAUGGAAGACGAUGUUAUGAGCGAUCUAGAGGUGAAAUGGUAAUGAUGGUGUAUGAAAAAGCACUUUCACGCAAAAACAUUCUCGGUCUACACGUUGAGAGCGAACAGAAGCAGCCAAGUGGAGAAGAGCCCACCGAUGGCGAUCCCACGAUUCAGGAGGUUGAAAUCUUGCCUGCCACAAAGCCAACCCUCUGGAACCGUUUGUUCUCAAGACGUAAACCGCAACCGAAGAAACCUAAAGAGGCUGCCACACUAGGUAAAAUCUUCAAUCUUCUUCGAGGCGACGUCUAUGAUGUGGCCCAGCGAUUUUGGGAGAUCGACGUUCUCAUCGACAAGCCAGUAGGCUUGGUCAUCGCCAUUUUCCUUGUAUGGACACUAUUUGGCCCGUCUUGCUUCCUGGGUAUUCUAGCGGUCUUGGUCGCCCAAGCUCUGAACGCUGUCAUCACACGAUUCCUUCUUCGGCGGGAACGACUCACACGAGCCGCCACGGAUGUUCGCCUGCAGAUCACAUCGCAGUUCGUGGAAGCGAUUCGGCAUCUUCGAUGGUACGGCUGGCAAGAUCAUUGGCUUCGACGAGUCAUGGACGCUCGGCAACACGAGUUGAACCGGCGAAUCAUCACUAAACUAUGCACCACUGCGAUCAAUUUCAUCAACGCCUUUGCAAGCGGUGUCUUUCCAGUGGUCGCUCUAUACGCCUACACUAUGUUAGCUGGCCAUGAGCUGCGUAUUGAUAUCAUUUUCCCUGCCUUGCAACUAUUCACCAUGCUCGAGACACGCUUGCGCGAAAUCCCAAGUCUAAUCACCGCGCUCAUCAAUGCUUCUAUUGCACUUGGUCGUAUCGAGGACUUCAUGGCAGAACCGGACAAAGCGCAAGUUGAUUCUGAGCAACCUCUAGAUGACACCCCUUUUCGACUUGAUUCAUGUUCGUUUGCUUGGCCCGGUAAAAUAUCACCAGUCCUUCGGGACAUCACUGUGGCUAUCCCAAGAGGCCUCACUGUUGUGAGUGGAAAGGUUGGCGCCGGAAAGACAGCUUUCCUCCAAGCUCUCCUUGGAGAGUUGGAUCGUCUUAGUGGCUCAUGCCGUCUGCCGAACGAAACUAUCGGAUACUGCGCACAAACACCAUGGCUACAGAGUAUGAGCAUUCGAGAUAACAUUCUCUUCUCCGCUCCCUAUGAAGAGCAGCGUUACAAGCGGACUCUAGACGCUUGUGCCUUGCUUCCAGAUCUUUCCCAAUUCAAGCAUGGUGACUUGACCUUCAUUGGUGAGAAUGGCGUUGGUCUCUCUGGUGGCCAGAAGGCACGAGUGGCUCUUGCUCGGGCGGUCUAUAGUGCUUCCCGCGUGUUGCUUCUCGAUGAUCCACUGUCAGCUUUGGACCAUAAUACGGCCGAGUUUGUAGUUCGUAAAUGUCUCUCCGGGCCGCUAAUGCAGAACCGCACCAUUGUUCUGGUGACACAUCGUACCGCACUUGUGCGUGAUAUCGCUGAUCAGAUCGUUGAAAUCGACGAAAGCCGUGCCGUUUUUCACAGCAAGGCUGCUAUCAUGGCAUCAACCAAAAGAGAUGGGUCUGGUCUUUUAUCGAAUCUCAACGACUCUGAGACCGAGACUGAAGAAGCCAGCGCCGAAGAAGAGGCAGCUGCAAUUCCGGACAAGUUCAUUGAAGAAGAGCACCGCGCAGAAUGGGGUGUCAAGGCCCGCGUCUAUUGGAACUACAUCAGGGCUGGCAAGUACCGGUGGUGGGCUAUUCUUGUUUUGGUUCUCACAAUCUACCGACUUAUGGCCGUUGGACAGUCGUGGUUCCUCAAAGAAUGGGGUGAAGCCUACAGCCAAGCAUCUCUUCCUCGCAGUGCACUGUCGGUCUGGAGCCAAUCCAUGGACACCUCACUAGUCUCAAUCUCGAGCGUGGAUGCAUACUUUGUACCUGAAAGUCCCAUCGACCGGCUUCCAUCUCCACAAGAAGAUGUUCGCCCGUGGUUAUGGACAUUUUUCGCCAUCAUCUGCUUCCAAGCAGCUGCACUUUUGGUCGCUCAGCUACUCAUGCUGAUCAUUGUCUACUGUGCAGGCAAGACACUCUUCCACCAGGUGAUGAUUCGGGUCAGCCAUGCCUCGUUCCGUUUCUUCGAUGUCACCCCGGUAGGUCGGUUGAUGAACCGUCUUACUUCGGACAUCAGCGUGGUGGACGGCAACAUUAGCGCGCAGUUCCAAGCAAUUGCGUUCCAUGCAAUUACUUGGAUCUCUUCCAUAUUGGUCAUUGCCACGGCGACCCCAACCUUCCUCGUCUUCUCGUUGAUUCUCACUGUCGCCUUUGUGCUUAUUUUCUUGCGAUUCCUGCCAGCAUCCCAAAGUCUGCGCCGACUUGAGAUGGUGUCAUUGACGCCGCUAUUAUCCAACUUUGGGGAGUUGCUGCAUGGACUGACUACUGUGCGCGCGUUCCGUGCAGAAGAACGCUUUCAGAAUCGGGUCAUCUCCGUGGUUGACAAGUUCCAGGGCAUGGAUCACUUCUAUUGGUCAUUACAGGCAUGGCUCAUGUAUCGCUUCGAAAGUUUGUCUGCACUUUCAACCUUUUGCCUGACUGUUUUGGCGCUCUAUACCAACACUACACCCGGGCUGGUGGCCUUUGUGCUCAUCGCUGCCAAUAAUUUUGUCGACUCCACACAUGCGCUGUGCCAGCAGUAUGGUCAAUUGCAGAUGGACUUUGUGUCGGUUGAGCGCAUCGACGAGCUCUUGCAUAUUGAGGAAGAACCACGAGGCACGAUCGAUCCUCCAGCGGCAUGGCCAACGUAUGGUAGCGACGUCAUCUUUGAGAAUGUCACCCUUCGAUAUGCCCCACACCUCGAUCCAGCUUUGAAAGAUGUCUCCCUCCAAAUUCCCGGCGGGUCGACUACCGCUGUCAUCGGCCGAACGGGCAGCGGUAAAUCUACAUUGGCCGUAUCCCUUCUCAGUGUUGUUCGACCGGAAACCGGCCGCAUCAUGAUCGACGGCAUCAACAUUGCCGAUGUGAACACACAAGCACUCCGCACACGGGUUACAUUCGUCGCCCAGGACCCCAUUCUUUUCCCCGGUAGUGUCCGUCUUAACCUUGAUCCCACGGAGGAGUUCGCCGAUCAACAGUGCGCUGACGUCCUGGAGCGGCUCUGCGGCCGGCAUGGAUGGACCCUUGACACUCGUAUCGAAGCUGGCGGUAAGAACCUCAGUCAAGGUCAACGCCAACUGAUCGCUCUUACACGCGCUGUUCUUCGACGCAGUCCAGUUGUGAUCCUCGAUGAGGCCACCGCUUCGAUUGAUCACGAGACCUCCCUUGAAAUCCAGCAGAUCAUUCGAGAGGAGCUGCAGCUGUCAACGGUUAUCACUAUUGCCCAUCGGGUUGAAGCUGUGAAGGAUGCGGACUACUUUGUGGAGCUGGACCAGGGGAAGGUCCAUCGAUAUGGGAAUGUCCGAGAUCUGUAG